AUGGACGCCACCUGUGCCGCUGGAAUACUGGCCUUUGCAAUCGAAUUCUCUUCACUAGUCGCGGAAUGUGUAAACAAGACUUCAGCUCUGACGGUAAAAAUGACAGUGAACAACUUGAUGGUGUUUUUUACAUGGAACAAAACGCAGUGGAUCACAAAUCAGGCGAGCAAGCGUACAAAUUCGUUCACUAAGUUGCAGUACAUCCAGACUUCACAUCGCAUUCAGUUGAAUGUCAACGCACAGGGACCAGUGGAUUUUCUGUGCACGGAUGAAUUGUUUUGGAGUACACAAAGCUUUCAUAAUCAAAGG